GGCUACGAAGAUCUCAGAGGUACAUCAAAACUCUAUCAAAAAUAUUAUCCUGAAAUCUUAACCAAGCCAUACAAUAAAUCGGUGUAUUUGUUUCGUCAUACUGAUACACAAAGAACUACAGAAAGUUUCAAAGCUUUCACUGAAGGACUUUUUGGUGCUAACAACGGUGCUCAGGAAGAACAAGUGCAAGGUGAUGACUUACUAUUACGUCCUUAUGACUAUUGUGAAUCAUGGAAAGCACAUGAUUAUAGCAGUUCCACGUCAGAAACAGGCAAAUUCAGAAAUUCAACCAUAUGGAAUAAUACGCUCGAUGAAGUCUCUAAACGUUUGGGCUUCCAGUAUACAUUGGAAGCAAGUGAUGUUGACCUCAUGUAUGAUAUGUGCCGUUACGAACAGGCUUGGCAAGUUGAUCGCACCUCUGUUUGGUGUGCGGCUUUCACUCCUGAGCAGGUUACGAUUUUCGAGUAUGAGGACGAUUUGAAGUACUACUACAAAUUAGGCUACGGUUUUGAGGGUAACACACGUCUUAACUGCCGCGCUGUUAAGGAUAUGCUGAAUCAUUUAAAUACUGAUAGUCUACCAAAUGUUGUUGCCUAUUUCGGACAUUCUUCUGGCGUACAAACUCUAAUUACCGCUUUGGGUAUUAACAAAGACGACAUUAAGCUCACUGCUGCUAAUUACAAUGAAUUGUCCUACCGCCGUUGGAAGACAAGCAACAUUGAUCCUUUCGCUUCUAAUUUCGUUGCUGUUAAGUUUGACUGUCAAGCUGCUCCCAAGGAAAAAGUAAUAUUUUUCCUCAACCAAUACGCUGUUGACUUGAACUGGUGUAAAGUUGGUCUCUGCGACUGGGAUGAAGUUAUGAAGCGCUAUAAGACAUUCUAUGAAGCCGAUUGCGCCGAUUAUUAUUGUGACAGUGCUGUUGGUGUGGGCGUGUCAUUGAUUUCGGUACUGUUCGCUGCCAUUGUUUACUUAAUUAAUUUUUAAAUUAAUCUGUAAUUAAAUGUAAAAAAAACAUACUUUAAACGCUAGUUCAAUUUUACUUUUUUCCAGUCUUUUAACGAAAUCAACUGUAAAAACUAAACGAUAUCACGUACAAAUUUAAGCCAAAAUAUAUCACAUUUAAAUAGUUUUUUUAUGAUAUUUUUUUUAAAACAGUUUUUUUAAACUUAAUGAAUUGCAGUCAGACAUUGUUUUAGUGAAAUAUACAAAUUCCAAUUCAUUCAAACCAAUGAAACGCACAAAUUGUAUUAAUUUUUUUAAGGUACGAAUUAUACAAAAAUAUUUAUUUAAUUUUAUCGCUACGACAACAAAUUGUUUGAAAUAAA